CCAGCACAGAGACAGCGAGCAUUGACCCGUCAGAGAUCAGACUCACUCCUGUAACAGACCAGGGAGAGCGGGCAACAGUGGACCUCCUGUCGGCUGUAAUCCACUGCGGGUCACUGCAGAAAACAUGGCAACCCGGCCAGCAGAGAAGCCGGCCACCAGCCAGCCUGUCUUCCUGCAGUUCAAUAACCUGGCCUGCGAGGUGGUUGGGGGAAAGGUGAUUUUUGCCACAGACGAAUGGUUUGCUCCAGCACAGAACCUCUUAAAGAGGGAGCCCCCGGUGUUCAUCGCUGCAGCCUUCACCGAGUUCGGGAAGUGGAUGGACGGCUGGGAGACCAGGAGGAAGAGGAUCCCAGGCCAUGACUGGUGCAUCAUUCAGCUGGGCAUUCCUGGGGUUGUGCACGGGUUCGAUGUGGACACGUCUUUCUUCACCGGGAACUACACUCCCUCCGUCUCCAUUCAGGGAGCCUGUCUCAGGCCAGAUGAGAUCCCUGCUUUAGCUCCUGAGGGGGACCGUGCAGGCCUGGCAGCUUCAGAGCAGGAGUUUCAAGCUGCUGCCCAGCUGCAUUCAGAGAGCUGGGAGGAGUUGGUGCCGGUGACGGAGCUGAAGCCAGGCUACUCUGACUCCUGCCACAACUACUUCCCUGUAACCCCCCCACGCAAGGUCACUCACCUGCGGCUCAACAUGUACCCAGAUGGAGGUAUUGCUCGCCUGCGUGUCUAUGGCAUAGGUCAGAAGGAGCGGGCUGCUGGGUCCGGCUCAGACCAGGUGGACCUGGUGGCACUGGCCAAUGGUGGGGUGUGUCUGGGAUACAGCAACGCCCACUUUGGUCACCCACGCAACAUGAUAGGUUCAGGAAGGGCAGUCAACAUGGCGGACGGAUGGGAGACAGCCAGGCGGCUGGACAGGCCGAAGGUCCUGGAGGUGGAUGAGAAGGGCAUUCUGCAGGUUCCAGGCAGCGAGUGGGCGGUGUUCAGGCUGGGUCACCCUGGGGUCAUCAGCAGUAUUGAGAUAGACACCAACCACUUCAAAGGGAAUUUUCCGGAUUCCUGUAAAAUUGAGGGGUGUGCUCUGAAUCCUGAGGAAGAGGAGCAGCACCUGAGCCGAAGGUGGGCCGACGCUGAGGGAAGCAAGUGGCGGAAUCUGCUGCCUCCCCAGAAGCUCAGACCCCACCACAGGCACCUGUUCUCCGGGGAGGUGUUGGAGCUGGCUGAAGCUGUCACUCACGUCCGCCUGGUCAUCGCCCCAGACGGGGGUAUCAGCAGGCUGCGUCUGUGGGGUCACCCCAAAGCGCCCCCCUCUUCAGACGCUGGGAAGCUAGCCUCCAAGCUGUGACACCACCAUGUGCUGCCACGGUCGCAGCAAAAAGGCCGCGCACAGUGGCGGUGGCUGUAGAGUCAGAGCGACAAUCCUCAGUUUUCAUGUGAGGGUGCGUCAGCAUUCACACAUUGUUAUUAAUGUCUGUGGAAUGAACAGUACAGGUAUCUACUAAAAUGAAGAAAUAAAAAC